UUUUAACAAUAAAUUAUGUGUAGUGUAUUUUUUUUUAUUCCAGCUUUGAGUCAUGGAAGAAAAUUGCCACAUUUUGAUAUUCGGAGUCGUGUGUUUGAGAUUGAUCCCUGUGAAGGCUACGGAAAAGUAUGCUUGGUGUACAACAAUGCAAAACAAGGAACACCAGCUGCAGAUUCAGAGAUCUGGUUUUUGGAUCGUUCUUUCCACUGGCAUUUCAUAGCUGAGAGUUUCAGCCAAUAUUUUAGACUGAUGAUCAUGAAUCUGGGCUUACCGCUGUGGCACUUUGCUCUAACUGAUAUUGGGCUACCAAAUCACGCUCAGCAAUGGUUUUAUAUGUAUGCACCUCUACAACUGGAUUUUGAUAGUCAGAUAGUGGAAAAUGACCAUGAGUCCAGAAAAUGUUCAAACAGCAAUAUGUUAGAAGAGUUCCAGAAUAAAAUAGAUGUCAACAAAGUGUUCAAAGGAAAAACUGAGAAAAAAUCAAAAGUAGCAGCAUCUGCAACGUCAUCUAGGAAAAAAACAUUGUCCAAGUAAGAAAUCUUCAUUUACAAAUUAGCAACAAGUUGUAAGUCAGAAGCAGUGGCGUAUCUCA